AUGACGUCAUCCCCAUCGUCACGCUCGCAGCCACCCGCGAGUCUCGUCCCCUUUUGCGCUCUACUGCUCCUCGCGACGCUGCUAUCGCCGUUUUGCGUCGCCGCGGCCGCACCUGAAGCCGCACGUGGUGCCGCACGUGGCGGUUCGGCUCGCCGCGUUCUUCAGGAGCCGCCCGCGUCGGACGAAAUCAUAUCGGCCGAGUCGAGCGCGCUGCUGGCGCUGAAGCAAGCCCUGGGGGACCACCCCGCCUUCUCCCUGGCAGGGAGGUGGUCUGACGGCCCCUCGCCCAACCGCCAGGGCCAACUGUCGCAGCCCUGCGCUGACACGUGGCAGUUUGUCACCUGCGACUCCACAGGCCGUGUCGUUGCCAUCGACUUGGCCAACCCCUUUCUGGCAUCCCUCAACGCAUCAUGGGCCAGAGGGGCCACUCCAGCAGCUGUUGCGCAGCAACUCACCGCCCGAGGCGCCAGCCAGCAGGCUGUAGCGGCGGCUGUAGCGGCGGGGGUGGUGGGGCCGCUGAGGGGGGAGAUCCCGUGGGGGAGGUUGACGGCGCUGCAGCGAUUGGAGCAGGUGGACUUGAGUGGCAAUGAGGUGUCCGGUGCUGCUGUCUCUGCUGCUACUGCCCUGCUUCCUAACCUCAAACACCUCAACCUGACGUUCAACCGCAUCGACUCACUGCCUGCAGCCGUCACAGCCAUGACUGCCCUCAAGACGCUAUAUCACAGCCAUGACUGCGCUCGAGACGCUGCGAGUGUGUUUGGCUUGUUUGCGUUACCAAUGGCUGCUCGCUCCCCUCAGGCCUCUCUGCCCUCUCUCCUCUCUCCCCUCCCCUCACCCCCACCUGCUACCCUCUAUGUCACACCACCAUCCCCCUUCCCCCCCUGCAGCCAUCUGGAUAUGAAUCGCAUCACUGGCUCGCUCCCCGCGGGCCUCUCUGCCCUCUCUCGCCUCUCCGCACUUGUUCUCGGGCAGAACCAAAUUGUCGGCCAGCUGCCCGAAGAACUUGGCGCGCUCACCGACCUUGUGACCCUCGACCUGGGUGAUAAUCACUUUCAGGGUCAGCCGCCCGAUUCCUGGAGCAAGCUCACCAACCUCCAAGUGCUUUCCCUCUACCGCCUGCCUAUAACGGCUGCCUUCCCCCCCUCGUGGGCGGCCCUCGCAUCGCUCUCCUUCUUCUCCUUCUCCUCCGCUGCUGCCUCGGGGCCCUUCCCCGCCUUCCUCACGCAACUUCCCAACAUCCAACACAUCUAUCUGCAUUCCAACCGUCUCUCCGGCCCUCUGCCUGCUGACCUCUGGCGCCCCUCCCUGCUGACUGACGUGGACAUCUCAAACAAUUUCUUCAACGGCUCUGUGCCGCUGCCCCCACCUGAACGGCAGGCUGACUUCAGGUACUUUUUCAACUGCUUCUCCUCUGCGACCUCCCCGUCAGACAUGCCUGCUGCAGCUGACGGCCAGUUGGAUGCUGCCACGUGUGCUCAGUUCUAUUCGCCCCCUCCGGAAAUUGCUGCUGCUGCUGGUGGCACCCAGCAGCAGCCCUCCCCCUCUGACUCCACAUGGGGUUCCUCAUUCUUCACCGUCUGCCUGCUCAUCGCCCUCACCAUUCUCCUCGUAGCCAUCUCCCUCACCUGCUGCCGCCUCGUGCAGCAGCGCAGACAGCAGCAGAGGGACAUGCAGCAGCAGCAGCAGCAGCAGCAAGAGCAGAUGCGUGUGGACGUGGAUUCAGACGCUGCUGUGUCAGCACAUGGCGCUAAUACAGCCAUUCUGUCGCCCAGCAAGGAUUCCAACCAGCCGUUCCUUGCAGGCGUUGCUCUCUCCAGCUUUUGA